AUACGGAACCUGUCGGUUGCCGGGUAGUUAUUUUUACGCUCGACUACAUUAUUUUCAAAUACUUUUGCAAUGAGGCAAGAUUAAUUUGGGAUUCCGAAUACGAAAACAAUCGUUGCUGGCGAUUAAGUCACCCGAAGGUUAUGGGCGUUUUCGCGGCAUCUUUGCCAUUCCUAUUGGGUCUAUCCCUGGUCAGAUUAUCGACGCCCGUUCCAGUAUCAGCCGUACCACCAUUGUUAAACAAAUUACUUAAAGAUCAAAAUGUUACGCUCGGUUUCAUCUUAAAAGGUCUACAAGGACCGCCCGGUCGAGAUGGUAUCUCCGGAAUGUCUGGACCCCCUGGUUUACAAGGUCCACCAGGCGACCGGGGUGAUCCAGGUGUCCCUGGUAUGCCUGGUGAAGCUGGAAUGUCCGGUCCACCAGGUCUUCAAGGUCCUUCUGGUCUUGAUGGCCAGCCUGGUUCCCCAGGUUUACCAGGUCCGCCCGGUCUGAUGGGAGGCAGUGGUAUGGCUGGUCCUCCUGGUUCGCCCGGUUUCCAAGGUCCACCAGGUAUGCCCGGACCAACCGCAAUCAGAUACAACGGAACGGUGAAAUGCGAGGAAGAUACUGCUUGGUUGAGGUGUAACGAGUACAAGCACAUCAGCAUCAUUUCGGCGUUUUGGGGACGACGAAACUUCGGUCUGUGUACGGAGCACACUGGCAGCCUGUUGACGGAUAAAUACUGUCCAACCAUGCCGAAAUUCCUGACAAAGGUGAAGGAUGCUUGUGAAGGAACCACGAUGUGUGAAGUUAGAGCUACGAAAUCAUUCUUUGGUGAUACAACGUGCUACGACGUGUACAAGUAUUUAGAAGUCUAUUACAAAUGUAUCGAAGUCAUCAACGGUCACGAAGUCGUUAACGAGGACAAUCUACUCAACGCUAACUUCUUGGGUUAAACCCCGCGACUCGUUCCGAUAAAACUGACUCUGAUAAAAUCCUGUUCGUCUUUAUACAAUAUAUUUCUACUCUUCUGAAUUGCAUUCAGUACGCGGGGAUCGAAAAGCAGGUUUUUCCUGUAUUUGCAAGCAGGGCUUUCCUGUUCAAAAACUAGCGCAUGCAGCGAUAUAUAUAUACUUCUCGAGUUUUUAAGCGAAUACAUGCAGAUUCACCACGAUGGACUACGUUGCUUUUGCAGUUCUGCCUAUCCCGGACCCUUUGGGGUAGACAUUAUUUGCAAACAAACGUUGCUGUAUACUACAAACCUAUAUACCAGUCAAGCCUCGGGUUUUGUUAACAUAACAUGACGUUUCUACGAACUAUGAUGUGUAAUUUAACCAUACUGUACCAUAGACUUUGACAGUCGUCUGUAUUUAAAUAUACAUGUAAAUAACAUGGUUUAAUAGUAAAUAUGCAUUAUGCACUAACCGGCUUACUGUUGUAUAAUCGUAUAUACAUCCUGUGUAGAUUAAUCUAACGUUUGACUAAAUUUAUAUAGUCCAAUGAAUUAU